AUGGGCCAGAGUGUAUCAUGGCUGUCCAGCCUGUUGUGGGCAAAGAAGGAGAUAAGAAUCCUUAUCCUAGGUCUUGAUAACGCGGGAAAGACGACAUUAUUAUACAGACUGAAGGUAGGCGAGGUAGUAACGACAAUCCCAACGAUCGGGUUCAACGUCGAAUCCGUAACAUACAAGAACCUAAAUUUCAACGUGUGGGAUUUAGGUGGACAAACUUCGAUCCGACCUUACUGGCGAUGCUACUAUGCAAACACUGCAGCCGUGAUAUUCGUCGUCGACAGUACGGAUAUCGAACGUCUACAGACUGCGGCUGAAGAGUUAGCUGCUAUGCUUAACGAGGAUGAACUGAGGGAUGCCGCGCUCCUAGUGUUUGCCAACAAACAGGACCAGCCUGGUGCCAAGGGCGCAGGCGAGAUAUCCGAGGCACUGCGGCUGGGCGAGCUGAGGGAUCGCAACUGGAGUAUUGUCGCGUGCUCAGCGGUCGACGGAAGCGGUGUCAAUGAAGGCAUGGAUUGGCUGGUGCAAACCGUGUCACAGGAUUAA